AUGGCUUCAAUCACAGAUGACGCUUCUCAACGCUGCCACCUCCCUGGCGUGCGGACGAUUUCUUCUACAUCAAGCCCGGCAGAUAUGACCGAAGACCGGCGUCUCCCUCCACUACCCCGUAUUGAACCUUUACAAAGAGACCUAUUCAAUCCAUUCACUCAAAGGAACCUCAUGCCCAGCCCACCGGGGACACAUGAUACCUUCGCUGUUAAAUCGCAAUGGGCACCGACAGAGCAUAUCGUGGCACCUCCAUCUCCAGCGAGCACUGCCGACUCUUGGGCGGAAAUGGUACCACCGCAGAAUUCGUUCAGAACAGCUCAAGAUAUUUCGCAUCUUUCUGCAGCCGAUCUCAUCAAACUGAUAGCCCCAGACCCAGAACACAUCACUCGCAAGCGACCACUGCAGCAGCCCUGCGGCAGAAAGCGCAAGGCAAGUGUGAUGUCUGCGGAUUUGGAUGAUCAAAGGGAAAAGCAUCGUGUUGCUGAAGGAAACCGACGAAAGAACCUAAGCAACCUACACAAGCGGCUAGACAACAGGCUCCACGACUUCUUUCUCCAAAGGGCUGGAUGGAACCCAUCAAAGGGCACGGCUGAGUCCAAGGAGCACAUUGUCUCUGGCGCUAUUGACCUAAUCGAUUUCAUGCAGAUCGUCAUCGUCCAGUUAAUCUGCCAGGAGAAAAAGGUGCCCGAACAUCUACAAGAGAAGAUUCAACCACAACUUCGUUGCAUGCAACUCCAGCGCUUGGUUUCUGGCCUUCAGCAGCAGAACCACGCGGCACAACAGCAAGCCGAUGCAUUGAAGCAGGAAAACCAGGCUUUAGAAGAGCGAAACAGAACCCUGGAAGAGCGCAGCCGAGCCCUUGAGUACCAGCUCAGGACCCGUGAGCACAUGUACCGCUCUCCAAAGAUCGAGAAACCGAGCCCCCAGCAAGUUGCCUUGCUGCCGGACAGCAAACCGAAAACCAUGCUCCCGGGCCUGCGUGUGUUCUGUGAUGAGAUUGCUACGACCAGCCCAGAAUCUUCCCGGUUUGAUGCCAUGUCCACUGGAACAUCCCAGUCUUUUGGUCACACAUACCUUAGCCAAACACCGCCAACGACAGGCCCGUCUACUCCUGUCUUCCACCACGCCACCUACUCGGUGGCCAAUUCACGACCUCCAUCUCUCAUACAAUCACCAUAA